AUGAUGAUGAUGAUGAUGAUGAUGAAAGUAGUUAACCUGCUCCCAUUAGUAUUAGUGCUGGUAGUAGUAGUAGUAGCAGCAGCAGCAGCCGAUGCUGCAACAGCUCCAGAGGCUCCUGCCGAUAUGACAUUCUUUGGUGAAGGUGCUUGUCGCGCCGAGUUGGAUGGCUAUCAUGAUUGGGCGGCUGCCAAGGACAUUUAUACAGUCCAAGCCUGCGACCUGCUUUGUAGAACAAAUGAUCCCAACAAAGGUCUGCGAGGCUUUGUUUUAGAUGCCGAGUUCGAUCAUUGCAUUUGUUACUUUGAGGAUGGUCUGUCUCCGGGCGAAGGAGGAACUUGUCCACCAGCUUACACCCGUGACCUUACACCUGGCAAUUGCAAGGUCACCAACAAUGGAAAAGGUCCUGUGGAUUCGUAUGAGUCUCAUUCGGAGGCUUAUUGUUACGCUUACAAUGCCUUUCCCGGUUCUGAGAGCAAUGGAGAUCCUCAUUUCCGCACCUGGAAGAACGAACAUUUCGAAUUCCACGGACAAUGCGAUGUCGUCAUGACCUCGGUCAAGAACUUUGUUGCUUCCGCCAACAGCAAUCACGAAACAAUAACCUUGGACCUUGACAUUCACCUUCGUACCAAAAUGGUGCGUUACUGGAGUUACAUUGAAAAGGCUGCCAUUCGCAUUGGCAAUGAUAUUUUAGAAGUCGAAGGAAUGCCUGAUUUCUCUCUCAGCUAUUGGAUCAACUUUGAACACAAGGGCGAGUUGACGAAUCUAGCAGGAUUCCCAGUGUCCAUUAAUGAAAACAAUGACAAGUACACCAUUCAUUUGGACGCCAUUUUUCCUGGACAAAGGAUUGAAAUCAAAACCUACAAGGAAUUUGUCGGUGUCAAGAUUAUCGGUGCCACACAAGCCUCCUUUGGCAAUGCCGUGGGUAUCACUGGAGACUACAAGACUGGUCAUACCUACGCACGUGAUCAAUCCACCAUUCUUCAUGAUUUCAAUCAGCUGGGCCAGGAAUGGCAAGUCUUGCCCAGUGAUGGCAGAUUAUUUCAUGCCAUGGCAGCUCCACAAUUCCCAGAACAUUGCUACCUUCCAGAAGAUCCUCAAGGACAACGUCAACGUCGUUUGGACGAGUCUAGCAUUACCGAAGAUCAAGCCGAAGUGGCAUGCUCGGGACUUUCGGAUGACUUUGAUCGCAAGGGUUGUGUCUACGACAUAGUAGCUACUCAAGACUUGGGCAUGGUGGGGGCCUACUAG